AUGAAAAAUCAGCAACAAAGCGCAAGCGCUGGUGGCUUACCUCCGAAGCAUUAUCAAAUACGACACCGCAGUAUCAAACGAGCUUUCACCAUGAAGAAACCAUUCACAAAUGGAACGAAACCCCUCGUGAUCGAUGACUACGAGAAAAACUUGAACCUGAGUAUCCAAUGGUGUCGUUGGAUAUUAAAACCGAUGGGUAUCUGGCCGAAUUCGUCCAACGUUCCACAAACGCAAAUUUACUUCUACCGUCUGAUAAACGCAGUGUGUUAUAGUUUACUCAACUUUCUGUUACUGCCUUGCAGUUUGUACACGAUCCUCGAAGUCGAAGACGUUUACAACAAGAUCAAACUAUUUGGACCAUCAAGUUUCUGCGUGAUGGCACUGUUAAAAUAUUAUUUAUUAAUUCUUCACGGGAAUAGUAUUCGUGAGUGUAUUAAAUGGAUCGAACAGGAUUGGGAGAACGCCAGAUGUCAGGAGGACAAGAAGAUCAUGGUGGAGAACGCGAAUUUUGGAAGGAAACUGAUUCUUCUUUGCACUUUCUUUAUGUACAGUGGUUUCGCGUUUUAUUACAUCGCUGUACCGAUUAGCGUAGGUAAAAUAACCGCAGAGAAUGAAAACUUUACCUUCGUACCACUGGUAUUUCCCUUUUCAAGUUUGAUAGUUGAUACUCGCCAUAGUCCAAAGAACGAGAUCAUUUUCUUAGUUCAAUUGGUAGCUGGUGCCUUGAUGCAUAGCAUCACGGCAGCUGCUUGCGGUUUGGCAGCUAUUCUCGCGGUUCACGCUUGCGGACAAAUGGAGGUUUUGAUGAACUGGCUGAAACAUUUGAUUGAUGGUAGAUCAGAUAUGGGCGAGACCGUGGAUGUCAGAAUCGCGAACGUUGUGAAUCAACACGUGAAGAUACUUCGAUUUUUAACCCUUAUAGAGCAAAUACUUCGACAUAUAUCUUUGGUGGAGUUUUUGGGAUGUACAUUGAAUUUGUGUCUGCUUAGUUAUUAUACCAUUAUGGAAUGGAAUCGAAAUGAUAUGACAAGUUCCGUGACUUACAGUGUUCUCCUUGUGUCUCUUACUUUCAAUAUAUUCAUAUUUUGUUACAUAGGAGAACUUGUAAGUGAGCAGUGCAGAAAAAUUGGAGAGAUGUCAUACAUGAUCGACUGGUAUAGAUUGCCAGGAAAACGAAAACUUUGCAUUAUUUUGAUCAUUGAAAUGUCCAAUUCUUCGAUCAAACUCACGGCAGGAAAUAUCAUAGAAAUGUGUUUUAGCACGUUCGGCAAUGUAAGUAUCCAAAGGAACUACCGAACGUCAAAGAUGCAUAAAGCAUCGACAGAGAAGAAUUCUUUUCAAAUGAAACACGACUAUUGGAGAAACGUGAACUUGAGCAUCAAACUGAAUCGCUGGAUAUUGAAACCAAUUGGUGCCUGGCCAAAAUCCAGCCAUAUUCCAAUCGUCGAAAAAUACUUUACGUGGAUUAAAAACGCCGUCUGUUAUUUUCUGAUAAGUUUCCUGUUUGUGCCUUGUUUGACUUUUUUGAUCCUCGAAGUAAACGAUACUUACAUCAGGAUCAAAUUGGUCGGUCCUUUAAGCUUUUUCUUAAUGUCGAUCAUUAAGUAUUACCUGUUAAUCCUUCAUAAGGACGACGUUCUGAAGUGUGUGGAACAGAUCCAAUGGGAUUGGAAGAAUAUUCAAAACCUGGAUGAAAGAAAAAUCAUGAUGAUGAAUGCGAAUUACGCACGAAAAUUGAUCAUCAUUUGUACGUUCUUCAUGUAUAGUUCUUUCGUGUUUUACUACGUCGCCUUACCGAUUAGCGUGGGAAAAAUUUCAGCAGAGGAUGCGAAUUUUACGUUCAUCCCAUUGCCGUUUCCUUCCUCGCGACACAUCAUCGAUUAUCGUCAAAGUCCUAUCAACGAAAUCUUCUUCAGCACGCAAUGUCUGGCCGGUGUCGUGAUGCACGCUGUCGCAGUUGGUGCUUGUGGCUUGGCUGCAACCUUUGCUACACACGCUUGCGGUCAAAUGGAGAUUUUAAUGAACUGGUUGCAUCAUUUGAUAAACGGACGAGAGGACUUGGAUAAAACUUUGAACGGCAGGAUUGCGAGUAUCGUGGAACAACAUGUUCGGAUAUUAAAAUUUUUGGCACUCACGGAAAAGGCGCUCCAACAAAUAUCCUUCGUAGAAUUUUUAGGAUGCACAAUGAAUCUGUGUUUGCUUGGAUAUUAUAGUCUUAUGGAAUGGAAUCCAAAAGAUAUAGCUUUUUCUCUGACUUACAUGGUAUUAGUCACAUCAUUUGGUUUCAAUAUUUUCAUAUUUUGUUACAUCGGCGAGCUUGUGGCUGAGCAGUGCAGAAGAGUUGGCGAGGUGUCAUACAUGAUCGAUUGGUAUCGAUUGACAGGAAAUAAGAAGCUUUGCUGCAUCCUGUUUAUCGCAAUGUCCAAUUCGUCCAUAAAACUUACAGCUGGAAAUAUGGUUGAAUUGUCAAUUAGCACCUUCAGUGAUGUUGUCAGAACAGCAGCAGCUUUUUUCAACAUGUUGAGAGCAUUGACAUGA